AUGGCAUUGAACGGCAAGGUUGCACUGAUUGCGGGAGGAGUGAAGAACCUUGGAGCCGAAUCGGCUCGCGAGCUUGCUGGGGCAGGUGCUGAUCUUGCUCUUCACUACAACUCCGCCAGCAGCAAGAAUAAUGCCGCAGAGCUAGAGACAGAGCUGAAGCAAAAGUACCCGAAUGUGAAGGUCGCAUUUUAUCAAGGUGACCUGACCACCGCCAGCGCCGUGGACAAAUUGUUUCAAUCGGUGCUGAAGGACUUCGGCAAGAUCGACAUCGUGAUUAACACGGUGGGCAAGGUGCUGAAGAAGCCAAUUACCGAGAUCUCGGAAGAGGAGUAUGAUUCGAUGUUCGCGAUCAACUCCAAGGCUGCUUUCUUCAUUCUCAAGGCGGCCGCCACUCACAUCGCCGAUGGUGGCAAGAUCAUAUCUAUUGUCACGGCCCUGUUGGGAGCUUUCACCGGAUUCUAUACCUCGUAUGCUGGAUCGAAAGCGCCAGUGGAGCACUUCACCCGAGGUGUCUGCAAGGAACUGCAGGCGCGACGUGUGAGCGUGAACAAUGUGGCCCCCGGGCCGAUGGAUACGCCCUUCUUCUACCCACAAGAGUCGCCUGAGGCGGUCGAGUUCCACAAGAGCAACGCCAUGGGCAACCGGUUGACGAUGGUGCAGGACAUCGCCCCGUUGAUCCGCUUCCUCUGCACCGAUGGAAAGUGGAUCACCGGUCAGACCAUUUUCGCCAACGGAGGAUACACCACCCGUUAA